UUACCCACAACCGGAAAAAUAGCCCACAGCUACCACCUUCCCAUUCCUUUCUCACAAAAUUUGUAUUAUUGUCUUUUGAUUUUAAUUUCUUUUUCGGGUUUCAAUUUUCCCAUUUCUUCUGCUUCAUCUUCUUCUUCUUGUGAUUGCUCUUUUUUUUGUUCUUUUAUAAAUGAAAUCCAAAACGGGUUCUUCAUAUUCUUCCUCUCUUCUUCUGUUCUUCUAUAUAACAGCCCUCUGUUCUAUACGCUGCGUUCUGGGCUCUUCUAUUUGCUCACAUGGAGCUGACGUGUUCAUUCAAAAUAUUAACUUUCAAUGCUCUCCUUCGAUCUCUCCAAUUCCCCCUCUUAAGGUUAAUGGAGAUUUCCUUGACAGAGCGUUGUCUUCCAAACAGCAAAAUGGUUACACUUCUGUGCUCUUUUAUGCUUCGUGGUGCCCAUUUUCUCGUAGUUUGCAACCAAAAUUCGACAUUCUGAGUUUCAUGUUCCCUCAAUUAGAGCAUCUGGCAGUUGAACAGUCUUUGGCUUCACCAAGUAUAUUUUCAAGGUACGGAAUUCAUAGCUUGCCUUCAAUUUUAAUUGUGAACCGAACAUCAAGGGCACAAUACAGUGGACCAAAAGAUCUCCUCUUAAUUGCUCAAUUUUACGAGAAAACUACAGGAUUUGAACCCGUUCAAUAUGUUGCUGAAAAAGAACCCAAUGUAUCUGGAGACCAGGAUAAAUAUAUAAUAAUGUCCCGGAAUGAGUCGUCAGCAAUGGAGAUGGUAAAACAGGAGCCCUACUUGGCUUUUGCUUUGUUAUUUCUCUGUCUAAGAGUAUUUUUACUUGUACUCCCGGAAGUACUUUCUCGUCUCAAGGCUGUGUGGGUUUCCUACGCUCCACAGUUAAACUUGGAAAUAUUCGGUGAGACGAGUCAACUGUUUGUGAGAGCCCUUCACAUGGUCGAUGUUCGGAGAGUUUGGGCCAAACUGAGGCUAUGCAAGACCUGUAAUUUUCAGCAAGGUGCGAAGAGUGCCCAUGUUUGGGCUUCUUCACUAGCAUCUGUCUCUUUGGGAGAAUAUUCUUCUGCUAGAUCGUUGUCAUCGUCCUAGGUCGGGGUAUUACAGAACUGAGCUAUACCGUAGGAAAACUCAUCUAUCAGUUUAUGUAUUACAACCCGCGAUGAUGCUUUCGGACACACAAUCCCUUCUAUCUCACUGGUGUUAUGCUUGUAUUGCUAGUCUUGAUAUACCUAAAGCUGUUGGGUUGGGGUAUUUUUGGUAUUUUUCAUUGGAGAAAAACUAACCGCCAUGUAAAUCUGAGAACAUCUGUGUUUACCUUUUGUGUAUGUUACUUUUCUUUUAGGAGGAACAUAACUACUUUCAUACAUCACUCUAAAUGUAAGCUUUAC